AUGGUUCCUCGGGCCAGCCUUUUGUUAGCUCUCAGCCUCGUCUACAUCGAAUCUGCGAUUGCAGGCCCUUGCAAGCCUGGUACUACUUCAACAGCCUUGACCUCUUCUUCCGAGACUGAAUCCCCUACCUCGCAUGCCGCAUCUUCCACCACGGUCGUUGCCACAGAUUCUACUACCUCGGGCCCAGGCACUGACUCAACGGCCGCGUCUCUGACACUCACCGAGUCAACAACCUUUCUAUCGACAACCAGUAGCGUCUCAGUGAGCUCGGACUCGACAACACUUUCAACUUCCGAGGCGACCACCUCUCUGUCGACACAGACAUCCACCACCUCGACCUCCCCUCGACCGGACUCAACUGCGUUCAACAUUAUCCCCGGUGAUGGCUCAGCUGCCAGUGGGUUCCUCAAAGUCAGGACCAUCCUUGGCGGAGAUGUUUACUUCAACAACAAAUACACAACAUACCAGACGGGCGUGUUCGUUGUGACUGGCCUCAACCAACUCGUCGAACGCGGGUCACAGCGCAUCUGCGCCUUCUUCAGAACCGGCCAAGGCUAUGGCGAUCUCGACGGCUGUCAGCCCGAGACCGAUCCCGAUUUACGAGAGGUGCCUCUGACCUGCCAACUAACCACCAGUGGGAAACUUGAGUGCUCCGUGCCUGGCAAAUUCUGUUACUACCAGAACGACAUGCUCCACUGCGACGAUAGGGGAACCUUUUCUUCCCUCUACAUUGAGCCUCUUAGUAGCGCAGGCUAUGCUGUUAUCAUUGGUCCCAGUGAUCUCAGUCUGUCACCGGUAGAGCUUGCAGCUGCACCCAUCGAAACUCUGUGA